AUGGCCCCAGCACGGAGCCAGGUCAUCUUCGCGCCUUCAAAUGAGAUUCCGCAAGGCGUGAAAUCCGUCUUCCUCGCUGGCACCACCAGCAAAGUCGACACGACCGACUGGCGCGAAACCCUCUCCACCUCUCUCCUCGGCACACCCAUCACGAUUUAUAAUCCGUAUCGCGCUGAUUGGGACAGUUCGUGGCGAGAGGACAUCAACUUUGCACCAUACCGCGAGCAGGUGGAAUGGGAGCUGGAAAAGCAGGACCAGGCUGACAUUGUCGUUUUCUACUUCCACCCCGCCACACAAGCGCCCAUUAGUUUGCUUGAGUUGGGGGUUUGUGCACGCGCUCCUGGCAAGGCUAUCGUUGUCUGUCCAGAGGGAUACUGGAAGAGGGGGAAUGUGCAGAUUGUGUGCAACAAAUUUGGCUUUGAAAUGGUGGACACGCUUGAUGGACUGAAAGACGCGAUUAUAAAGAGGCUGCCUCUUGGCUGUUGA